GUUUAGAUAUUUCCAUGGGAACCCGUGGCCAAAGGAGGGAGGGAGGAUCCUGUUCAUGCAGCACAGGGGGCGGGUGUUACAUCCACUGGUUUUGCUUCAUUUAAACUGUCUUCAUCUCUCAAACAGCCACAGAUGUGCUGGUCCUGACAAGAGAGAACCUCGAUCUGCUGUCAAGAGAGCUUUACAGAUUUCUCACAGCAGCCUUCCAGCUGGAGCCAUCAGUCCAUCCCGUUCAGGACAACCUGGUGGAUUUUCCAUACCUUCAUAAAAAGUUUCCUAAUCUCUACCAGAGGACCCAUGUGGGUGGUGGAGAAGAUCCGUGUGACAGUGGAGAGAUCUAACCUGCUUGUCCCAUCAGCAGAACUCAACUUCAAAAUAGGUGACAUCAUGUUUGGAGAAAAAGGCGAUAAACCCAAAAGGACUUCCCUCUGUCCUAAUGUCAUCACCCCUGACAACAUCCCAGAGUUCUGCAUCCCCCCAACGUUUCCAUCCCUGCAGGAGACGAAGAACACGGAUCAGAGCCGAGCCGCUCGCAUUAUCAAGUCGUCUCCCUGUGAGAGGGCGAGCCCUGAAAUAGAGGUGACCCAUUGUGAGGCCAUGAACCCACACAUUAUCCAGGUGGAGAGUGUGGAUGAGAGCCCAUAUGAUGGCUGCAGCGAUGAGGAGACCACCAAUGCGGAUCCCCAGAGCCAGGCUGCCUUGUCCCUUCCACACAUGGCCAGAGCUCAGACCUGCUAUGGCUUUUGCACCUUACUGGAGAGCCCCCACACCAGGAGAAAGGAGUCGCUCUUCCACUCCGAUCCUGUCUCCUCUCCCCUGCUGAUGCCAAGGAGUCGAUCCAGCGUGUUCUCCAAAGUCUCCCCCUCCACCUCUCCUUCCUCACUCAGCCUGAACUCCAGGCUUUCCCCGAGAGGAUACACUCUGAACUGGCAGGCCACUCUGGACAGCGAUACGACUUCCUCGACUGAAUCCUCUCCUUUCAGCUCGCCACUGCUGACCAGGUGCCCUGCCAAGUCUUCCCUCUUCAAAGCACUGAGCCAUGAACUGCUGUUGUCAAGGAGCAUGAGGAAGGCAAUGGUGUCCAGGAACAAUUCCCUGUCCACAGAUGAAGGCAGCUCCACAGACAAUAGCCCCAAUGUCAUGAGGAGGGCAUCGGAUGGGUCAGCUGAAGGCCUGCCGAGCAGCUACAGCCUUGCGCCACCCAACAUCUUCCCUAUGGACAUGACUCUGCACAGAGAGAGAGUACUGAAGGAAAUAAUGGCACCCAUUGGAAAAGACGGCAGCCUGAGACUCUCAGCAGAGUACUGCCCGGAUAACCAAAGACUACGGGUUCGGCUGAUCAGUGCGGAAGGCCUCUAUCCACUCUCUGUAGACCCCAAGAUUAUCAACUGCAGCGUCAGCCUCUCUCUGGUGCCCGGAAAAGUCCAGAAGCAGCGCAGCACAGUCAUCAGAAAGAGCCGUCAUCCAAUCUUCAAUGAGGAUUUCUUCUUUGAUAGUAUCUCAGAAGAAGACAUCAGCCAGCGGUCCCUGCACUUUAAAGUGGUGAAUAAAAUGUCCACCCUGAAAAGAGACUAUCUCCUGGGUGACUGUGAUUUGCCUCUCUCUAGCAUUGUGACAUCCGAAACCUAAGUACUUCCGUAACAUUUCAUUUAUGUGUUGAAUUAUUUCUUUUCAUUUUUGUAUUGUAAAAGAGGAUUUUUAUAAUGAUUAAAUUAUGGAAAACAAUGACGUUGUUUGUCUUUAAAAAAGUGUUAUCAUGUUAUUUAAUUUCAUCACUUCACUCAGUUUUCUCCAUAUCCAAUCUUAGAAUUCAAUGAUCAGGAUAAACUUAAUUUGAGGGGAAAAAAAGCACCACAAAUGAAUAUUUAAUCCGCACUUUAUAAUUGCUUAAAAACAAACUAUAAAUACGGUGUGUAUAUGAAUGACAAUACAAUCAUUUACAGCCUGUGUGGCUUCAGCAUCAGCUGGCAUGAGAUAACUGCCAUCUCAUAUUUCUCCUCAGCCUGUUAUUCUCUUUGUGACCUUUCAAAUGAUUAAAAAUAUCACUAGGAACCUGA